AUGCUUUAUGAGCCUUUGACAGAAAGGCAAGGGCAACCAUCUAUCAACCACAGUGUUGAAACCAUCGCUUCUGUCAUCGGUGUCUGUCACUCAGAAUCCACUGUGAUGAGGCUGAUGAAAGUUGACAUCUUCUCAGUGUCGGUCCCUACAGAUGUGUUUUUGACCAUUCCUCAACUUCAGCGUGGAGGCCAGCAUUCCCCCAUCGAUACUAAUAACGCUGAGGUGGAGCAGGUCAGCAGCUACAAGUUCCUCGGCAUUCACAUCCUGGACAGAGACACCGUUGAAACUGACGAUGUCAACAUCGAUGCAUCUUCUGCUGGCAACUCACCAGAAAGUCAACAAAACUGUGUGCAGCUUGUUUUCUUCUUAAGAGAGCUGGAGGCUAAGCUGUUAAACACUCAGAAACAGCUGGAGGACCUGAGGUCAUUGGUCCACAGUGGCAUGGUAGCGUUUGGAGCAGCUAUCGACACAGGUGGAAGUAUGGGACCAUUUAAUGCAGAGGUCACACUGUUCUACAAGAAGGUCUUUGUUAACACCGGCUCGUUCAACCCAGGAACAGGUAUCUUUUUUGCUCCUGUCAGAGGAGUCUAUUACUUCAGCUUCUCUGGUCAUAAUCAUUCAUCAAAACCAAUGGGCCUGCGACUGAUGAAGAAUGGAGAGCAGAUGGUCACUGUGUACAACCAUCCUGCUAGAGAACGCUUUGAGACAGCAACCAAUGGCAUGACUCUGCAGCUUGAAGUUGGAGACCAGGUGUACAUGGGACUGUGUCAAAACACCUGGAUUAUAGAUAAUGUGAAUGACCACAGCACCUUCAUUGGCCUGUUGUUGUUUCCCCUUUAGGGAUCUGCAGAAGUAAAUUUUUGCCAUAAAAAUCUUGUUGAUUGAAUUUUCUUUCUAAAUGGUUUACAUUUAAAUCUGUGUGUAAUA